CUGAGUCAGAGUACGUUGCCGAUUUGCCGUGACCUCCGCAGAGGGGGUUUCAGGUACCAUGUUAGAGUGACUUUUCUGAUAUAUGGAAUCAAUUUAAGCUCUUCGUCAACAGGACGAAAAAAGCUACAACUACAGACAAAACAAGCUUCCAUUCAGCUUGAGUUCCACCUUUGUCUCUAUUGUUUACGAGGGACUACACCCUGUUUGGAACUAUACAGCACACAGGACCAUCUAGAGGCUGAAUGAUAUACUGAAUCCUCUUAGCAUAGGUAUGCCUGUUUGACUGCCAUGGUCGUGGAUGAUGGAAAAGCAACCGUCAAACAACAGUAUCCUCGAUCAGUUUAUUAAUAGCCAGGAGCAGACAUAUGAAGAAUUUCUCCGCACGUUCACUUAUCUUUGGAAAGAAGAGGUGAAAAUGAAAAGCCGAGUAUCUGAAAUGAAUUCCAUAGAAAAUACAUUUUCAAUGCUUGAGUUGUCAAACAGAAAUAAACAGAAUGUCUCUCCUGUAAGAAACAAAGAGCCAUCAGUGUCUCUCUCAUCACAGACUGUGGAUGAAGACCAGAUAAUGAUGGGUGAAAGCUGGAAAAUUGGCUGCUCUAACCAAGGUGACCUCAGUCUGGCAAGAAGAGUGAAGGUGGACAAUUACUUGGAGUUGGAAGAUUUUGACACAGAUGAUGAAUUCGGUCAAGGGACAUAUAGUGCAGGGUCAUUAGUGCUUCCAGGAGAGGUGGAGCAGACAGCAACUUGCUAUACACCUUCCUUUGAUCAGCCUACUAAUCUGGAGUUUGGAACCUUGUCAAUUACACAACCAUCAAUCAGCAGAACACAAGAGCUAUGUGGGGAUGAAGUUCAGCUGUUCUCCCUUGAUGAAGAAUUUGACUAUGACAGUGUGCCAUUGACCCCCAAGUUCUCUGAGUCUGAGAUGAAGGCCAUUAUAAACUUAUCUGAACAUAAAAAAGUAAGGAUCGGCCUUAAGUCUGAAGACUGAAGCUGAUGGACCUUGCUGAACAUUCUCUGUUAUUCAGCUGGAAAAAUAUUUGUAAGGGGAAAAUCCAACUCCCUCUUCUACAAUCGUAGAGGGCUCUUUUGCAAUGAAGCCAGCGUGGGCCUGUCAUAGAACCUGUGGGAUGUUCAUAUACUCCAGUGUCUCUCAAAAUUUUGUAUUGGUGACCCCUUUCACAUAGCAAGCCUCUGUGUUCAACCCCCUCUUAUACAUAAAACACUUUUUCAUAUAUUUAACACCAUUAUAAAUGCUGGAGGCAAAGUGGGGUUUGGGGUGGAGGCUGACAGCUCAUGACCCCCCAUGUAAUAACCUUGCGACCUCCUGAGGGGUCCUGACUCCCAGUUUUAGAACCCCUGAUAAACCCUGCGCAGCACUGGGCUGAAGUAGCCUCUGCGUAGUAGUAGUAUAUAUUAUUUGUAUUACUGUAGUGCCUAGGAGCUCUAAUCAUAGAUCAGGACCCCAUUGUGCUAGCUGCUCUUCAA